AGGAACGGUCUGGCUAGCCGGAUGUUGUUUCUUGUUCCGUGCCGGACAGUUUUAGCUGUUGCACUCAUGCCUGCGGUCGACUAUGGCGUCCGGAUACAUACUAAAUCGUGGUGUGCUAACUUUAGGAAUUCACUGUCAGCGUGUUUGCAGAAACGUAUCAUUAUCACAGGUUAGAGAGAAAAAGCGAUGGAUGAAAGCAUAUACACACCUCAUGGCAAAGAAGUUAAAGCUUGAAGGACCGCCACCACUGAAGCCACGCUCUCAGCAACCUCACUGGGAUUACCACGCUGAGGUUCAGGCUUUCAGCAGCCGCCUCCACGAGAACUUCUCCCUGGAGGUACUGAAAACAGCCUUCAUCAAUCCCUGUUACCUGCAGGCGGAGCAAGAGAGGAGAAAGGGGUUAUGCGUGGACUCUGGGACCACUGCUCUUGUUCUGAAAGAUAAUGUCCAGCUGAGUAAAAAGGGAGCGGGUUUCACUAAAAGCUUCCUGACCGACUGGUGCGGGGCCAGCUUCCCGAGCCUGCCGAGUGAGGGGGUGGAGAGUGUCGUAGGGCACCUCACCAGUUCAGCAGUGGUGACCUAUGUAGCAAGAAAUCUCGGCAUCGAAGACCUAACCAUGAGUGCAGAAUGUCCUGUUCCUGAUGAUGUGCUUCAUUCUACAUUCAUGGCUGUGAUUGGAGUUUUACAGGAGAGCAGUGGAGCCGAGCAAACUGGAUUGUUCCUCAGGGAUUUCCUGGUCACUCAGCUGAUAGGGAAGGACCUGUUUGAUAUGUGGACAGUUAUCAACCCCAUGGGACUAUUAGUGGAAGAGCUUACUAAGAGGAACGUUCCACUGCCAGAGCCUCGCCUCAUCAGGUCUGCUGGAGCCAGUACCGUCCUGCCUCUAUACUUUGUCGGCUUGUACAGCAACAAGAAGCUUCUGGCUCAGGGUCCAGGGGAGACACUUGCAGCAGCCGAGGACGAGGCAGCUCGUGUGGCCCUCCGGAAACUCUACGGCUACACUGAGAACCGCAGACCCUUUGACUUCUCUCCACUACAGCACCAUCAGCAGCCAUUAAUUCAGUCAGUCAGCAGCAAUUAA